UCUUUUCCUGAACUACUUGCUUGCCUUUGUCUACAUUUAUAUAUCAGAUUCUCUCUCAUGUUGCUUCUCAGCCUACGAUUUGUCUGAACUAUUUGCAGGUGCUGUGCGUCAGGUGGGAUUUAAAGCAGAGGACAUAUAUAUUGCCCUUUUACCACUUCCAACUCAAGGGAAUAUAAAAAUCAUGCAGACUCCAAAAGCAAGAACAAGCUCCUUAGAAGUGCCUCAGAGAAAAUCUCCUGCAACACCUCGAACUGCUCAUAAACUGAAGAUACCAGGAUCUGAUUCGGACAAAGUUUCCUCUCCAAAUCCUGCAAGUAAAACACCCAAAGACAGAAGUCCUAAGGUUACUGAGCGUAAAGCAUUGAGAAGCCCGGUAUCUGAGAAGAAGCGCGCAAGCAGGUUGACUGAACUAGAAGCACAGCUCACUCAGCUCCAGGAUGAUCUAAAAAAGACGAAGGACCAACUGACUGCAUCUGAGUCAUGGAAGAGGCAAGCCAUGCAAGAUGCUGAGGAGGCCAAGAAGCAGCUAUCAGCUGUGUCAACCAAGCUUGAAGAAUCUGAACAGCAGUUGCUGGAAAUUUCUGCCUCUGAGGAUGAGCGUGUGCAAGAACUCCGUAAAAUUUCACUAGAUCGAGAUAGAGCAUGGCAGUCUGAACUUGAGGCUGUCCAGAAGCAGCACUUAAUGGAUUCUGCUGCCUUGGCUUCUGCCAUUAAUGAAAUUCAAAAGCUUAAAGUUCAGCUGGAAAAGGCCUAUGAAUCUGAAGCCAUUCAAACUAAGCAUGCUGAAUCUGCACAUUCUGAGAUUCAGAACUUGAGAAUAGAACUGACUGAAACUCUCUCCCUGGUUGAUAAACUUAAGUCUGAGCUCACUGGCUGCAGAGAAUCUGAAGCCCAGGCUCUUGAAGUUGUUAGCAAAACCCAAAUGCAACUGGAAGCAGCAAAUAAAACCAUAGAAAUGCUGCGUUCUGAUGCAACUGAAAAAACAGAAGCUUACAACAUAUUAUCAUUGGAGCUGGAGCAGUCAAAAGCUCGAGUCAAGUCACUAGAGGGACUUGUGAGCAAGCUCAAGGCAGAACUGGUUGGUAAUAGCAGCAAAGUAAUUAAGGAUCCCAAAGACGAUAAGUUACCACAGCAGAAUGGACAAAAUGAGGACAUAAAGCAGCUCAAAACGGAGCUUAAUUUUGCAAAACUUGAAGUGGGUCAAUUGAGAUCAGCAUUGGAUGCAGCUGAGGUCAGGUACCAAGAAGAAUAUAUUCGGAGCACAUUGCAAAUUAGAAGUGCUUAUGAACAAGUUGAAUGCAUAAGAACACAGUCAUGCCGAAGGGAGGCAGAACUGGAGGCAGAAGUAAAGAGAAUCAAAACUGAUGUUGAAGAAUUGAGAGCAAACUUAAUGGAUAAGGAGACUGAACUGCAGAGUAUUUCAGAGGAAAAUGAAGGGCUGAAUUUGAAGAUUGAGAAAAAUCAGUCCAAUGAGAGUGAAUCUGAACAUGCAGUAGAGUUAAAGAAGUUAGAGGCAGAUUUGACAGAAUUGAAAGCAAAUUUGACAGUGAAGGAAACGGAGUUGCUGAGUGUAACCGAGCAAAAUGAAAUGCUGAAAAUGGAAAUUAAGAAGGGAAUGGAGAGUAGUAAAGUUAGUGAUGAAUCUGUUGUAUUGUUAGAAGCAGCAAGGGCUGCAGAACGAGAGGCUCUGAUGAAACUUGGCUAUUUAACUGAGGAAGCAGAUAAAAGUAGCAGAAGAGCAGCAUGCGUGACUGAACAGCUUGAUGCAGCACAAGCAGCAAAUAAUGAAAUGGAGGCUGAGUUGAGGAGACUAAAGGUGCAGUCAGAUCAGUGGAGAAAGGCAGCUGAGGCAGCUGCCGCCAUGCUUUCUGCAGGGAACAACGGGAAACAUGUGGACAGGACCAUAUCUCUUGACAGCGACUAUAAUCCCCUAACGGGUUCACCCAACUCGGAAGACAUGGACGAUGAUUCACCCAAGAAGAAAAAUGGCACCAUGUUGAAAAAGAUAGCUGUGUUAUGGAAGAAAGGCCAGAAGUAGAUCAAGUGCAUGGCAGGUUGCAAAUAUUUCUGCUCUAAAUGUUUAAUGGUCUAUGGAAAUUCUCUUAAUUUUGCUCUUACACGUCUGCUCAAGGGUUAAAAGGUCACACCCCCUUAAGAAGACUAUCAUAUAUGCGAACACUUGCUCAUUUUGUUAAGUUCUGCUCCUUCACCUAAUGUCUGGUGGAUUUGGAUCUAUAUAACAAGAAUCUUGUGGACAAGUCAACCAAAAGCAAAUUGACAUCAUUUAGAAUCACAAAUUAUUAUUAUUAUUCGUAACAAACGACAAUGUAUCGUCUUGGUUAAUUUUAAUGCAUUAAAGCUUCGAUUUGAUGGACGACCAAUAUGGUCCAUUGUCCAUCCAAAUAAAGCCUCCCAAGUGAUCAUCUAUCAAGCUCAAAACUUGUGAUCCUAAAUUCCUAAUGAUGUUUCUCAAGCCAAGAUUUCAUGAUAAUUCUGACACGUUCGAAUAGAUUACAUGUCUGGUCAAGGGUUGUUUCCAAUGGAGUUUCAGUGUUGGACUGUUCAGAUAUUUAUGGGAUGUGGUCCAUACUUAGCGGGCUGAUAUCAUGCCUAAUAUAGGAAGCGAUCUCGAAGAGCUCGUCCACAACUCUUUACUGUAUUUAAUAAAAGAAAUUCAGCUUGACCCAAGUUAGAGAACCUAGGCCAGUCAAGCAGCCCGAGGACAACUCAUUCAUAUCUGAAUCACUCUUAUUGGAACCAAGCCUCCAUUAUGUGAUUCGUAAUAUAACCCAUUGAACCUA